AUGAGUGCUUCUCCUUGUAAUUGGCACGGAGUCCAUUGUACUGGGGGUCGGGUCACGGCGCUCCGAUUACCUGGAGCUGGUUUAUUCGGUUCUUUACCAACCGGAGGAAUUGGUAAUCUGACCGAGCUCCAAACUCUGUCUCUCCGAUUCAAUUCUCUUUCUGGUCCAAUUCCAUCGGAUUUCGCAAACCUAGUGCUUCUCCGUUACUUGUAUGUUCAAGGUAAUGCACUUUCCGGUGAGAUUCCGUCGUUUCUCUUCACGCUUCCGAACAUAAUCCGAAUCAAUUUAGGGGAGAAUAAGUUAUCAGGUCGGAUCCCGGAUAAUGUCAAUUCCGCGACCCGGUUGCUUACACUGUACUUAGAGAGGAAUCAACUCACCGGUCCAAUCCCUGAGAUCACAAUUCCUCUUAAGCAAUUCAAUGUUUCUUCGAAUCAAUUAAACGGGUCGAUUCCGAAGUCGUUGUCGGAGUUUCCUCGGACUGCUUUUGAGGGGAACUCUCUUCUUUGUGGGAAUCCUCUAAAUCCUUGUGAAGGUGACGCCGAAAGCCCCAAUUCGCCGCCGCCUCCGGGGAAGAAGAAAGAUGAUGACAAGUUAUCCGCCGGAGCUAUUGCCGGAAUUGUAAUUGGAUGCGUUGUCGGUUUAUUGCUGCUUCUUUUGAUUCUGUUUUGUCUCUGUAGAAAGAGAAAGAAAGAAGAGAAUGGUCCACCGAGAAACGUCGAAGCUCCUGUCGUUGCUCCGAGAGCAACCACCGCUGCUGCUAUACCCAAGGAAACGGCGGCGGCUGUUGUUCCUCCGGCUUCGGAGAGUGGUGUGGUGAGUAAAGACUUGAUCUUUUUCGUGAAAUCUUAUGGGGAAUUCGAUUUAGAUGGAUUGUUGAAGGCUUCAGCUGAAGUUCUUGGGAAAGGAACUGUUGGUUCUUCGUAUAAGGCGAGCUUUGAUCAUGGAUUAGUGGUGGCUGUGAAAAGAUUGAGGGACGUUGUGGUGCCUGAGAAAGAGUUCAGAGAGAGAUUGCAAGUUUUGGGAUCAAUGAAUCACGCCAAUCUCGUGACUCUGAUCGCUUACUAUUUCAGCCGCGACGAGAAGCUUCUUGUCUUUGAGUACAUGUCUAGAGGAAGCUUGUCUGCGUUAUUGCACGGGAACAAAGGAAGUGGGAGGACUCCGUUGAACUGGGAAACCAGAGCCGGUAUAGCCUUAGGAGCUGCAAGAGCGAUUAGUUACAUACACUCGCGCGAUUCGACAACUUCUCAUGGAAACAUUAAGUCCUCAAACAUACUCUUGUCUGAAUCCUAUGAAGCUAAGGUCUCUGAUUACGGUCUAGCGCCUAUCAUUAGUUCCACAUCUGCACCUAACCGUAUAGAUGGCUACCGUGCCCCUGAAGUAACCGAUGCUCGCAAAAUCUCCCAAAAAGCUGAUGUUUACAGCUUUGGUGUCCUAAUCCUUGAAUUACUCACAGGGAAAUCUCCAACACAUCAGCAAUUGAAUGAAGAAGGUGUAGAUUUACCAAGAUGGGUACAAUCGGUUACCGAACAACAAACACCGUCUGAUGUGUUUGAUCCCGAGCUCACAAGGUACCAAUCCGAGGGCAAUGAGAACAUGAUCCGUCUCUUGAAGAUCGGUAUGAGUUGUACGGCGCAAUACCCUGAUAAGCGUCCUUCGAUGGCCGAAGUCACCAGACUCAUUGAGGAAGUUUCUCGUUCAUCAAGCUCCUCGAAUCCGGUAUCUGACUGA